AUGGCUGCCUAUUCUGAGCUUCUUCUGGCAAAGUAUGCCCAGUUUCGAGAACAAGAUGAAUUCAUCGACGUUCGCUUAAAAGUGGGUGAAGAGGUUUUCUCAGCUCAUCGUAUUGUGCUUGCUGCCAGUAGCGAUUAUUUCCACGCCAUGUUUGCUCAUGGCAUGAAGGAGGCAAACCAGGAGGUAAUCGAGCUAAAAGACGAAAAUAUUUCAGCCGCUGCUUUAAAGAACGUGCUUGAUUCCAUCUACAGCGGAAAUUUCACGGCAGUCAACGAUGAAAACGUUUUUGAAGUUCUUGUUGCAGCCGAUCACCUCCAAGUUACAAGUGUUGUUCAACAAUGUUGUGAAUACCUUCAGACCGAAUUUGUUCAGCUUCGAUCUGACAUGCAAACGUAUUGUCGCAUCUGCACCAUAGCUGAUCGACACGGUCUGAAAGACCUGCAAGAAGCGACACAGCGCAAUAUGGCGUCGAGGUACAAGGAAGUUUGUGAAAGUGAAGAUUUCUUGUCCCAUAUCGAUGCAGAUCAGCUCUCAAACCUUGUGCUUCGAGACGACUUGAGUUCCCCUUCAGAAACAUUUGUUUUUAGAUCUGUGAUGCAGUGGAUAAAGCACAAAAAAGAAGAGAGAAUGUCGGCCGCCGCCAAAGUUGUCGGAGCUGUUCGUCUCGGGCUGGUGGACAUCAAGGAUGUUAUCAGAGAACUCAAUACAGAGGAAAUGAAACAAGUGCCAGAGAUUCAAAAUCUUCUUCUCGAAUCACUCGUAUAUAACCAAAUUCCGUCAAGCUCUACUUUUGGUGAAAAGAAAAUCAUGCCACGCUCGAACGGCCUGGUAAGAGACCGAAAAAACUUAAAAGUUGUUGUUUGUUUUUUUUUUUGUCUUAGUUUUUCUGUCUACUUUGUUUUUCUCUAUCAAUGACAAAAAAUUAUCUAAGUGGGCUUACCCGUGUUUCAGUCUUGCAAAACUAAUGGGUUGUAAUUGUGAGGGCUUAGAACAUAAAAGUUCAUGACUGCGAACAGAAAUAUUAAAGGUCCAUCACUCAUGAGCAGCAGUAAUUCUUUCGUUUUCAUUCAAAGGUGAAACAAAGGCUUAUUGGCUCUUGAGACAAGGGCCCUGGUUGGCAUAUGUAAAUACCAACAAAAACAAUGUUUGUAAGAAGACACUGACUUUUUUAAAUUCCAUUGUGCAUCCUUUUUUAUGAAAAAAAAAUGAGAGUAGUCUAUCUUACCGCGAGAGUGGCCGAAUGGCGCUUCAUUUGAAUACAUGGCAAAUCAUGAUAAGCUUAUGAAUUUUGUGAGCUUAAUAAUUAAGACAAAUUACAGAAACAGUAUCUUGAAGCUGCCGACGAUGAUUUACGUUAUCCCUUGAAGAAAGGAAAGCAAAGAUCCUUUGUUGAAGCUUAAGGCUAUAUUAGCUAGAGAAUAAACUACCCUCAGUGUGUACAGCCGCCCCCUCAAAAAAAGGGCUGAACACAGGCGAGAAUAAACGAAAUCAUGCCACCUUAAACGAUGGAGACUUAGGUUUAGCUGUAAUAAGGGACUGUGCAAUAAUUGUCAGGAAGGGGGGGUCCUAAAAUGAGCUUCACCAAAGGAAAAAUUAGAUAUAGGUCCCCCCUCCAGCAGCGUCAAGAUUAGCUCUGACCCCCCCUCACGUUCUCUCAAAAUUAUGAUGUGCCCCCCCCCUCUCUAACCCGUACCUUUAUUCGCCGUACUGCAACGCAUUCCACUGCGUCGUCAGGGAUGAAGAGCACUUCGAAACUUUGUUCUUCAUAAUCGUCAAUUUCCGAAUUGUCUGAUUGUUCAUUAUCUUCUUGGUCUUCGGAACUGCUAGAUUGCUGCUCAUCCGGGUUUUCUUUACCUUGAGCUUCCCCAGCACCUAGAACACGAGCUACGAGUGCUGCUUUCCCUCCGCUGACAGGUAAACCGUGUUCCUUUAGGUAGAGUUUCAGUUUACUUGCAGACAGCGAGUUGACUUCAACCUCGUCGGACUAAUUAAUGUCUGGAAGUUUGUUCCUUUCCGUUGCCCGUUUUUUUGCUUUCAUUGCGAGGAAUUUUUGGUGCUCUAUGAAGUUAAAGCAUGUGUUCAUGUUGAUGCAAUAUUUAGACAUUGUGGAUAGUCAAAGGAGUGGCAUCUGUCUAUUUGGACAAUGUUUAUUUAUUCAUUAUCGAAUUUGCGAAAUUUAAUUAAGACCCCCCCUCAACUUACUUGAGAAAUCUAAUGUAGCGCCCCCCCCCCCUCCUUUCCAUUAUUUUAACUUAAGGCCCCUCCCCUCUGGUUUUAGGGGCCCCCUCCUGAUAAUUAUUGCACAGUCCCUAACGAUAGUAAUAUACUGUCGAAGCCCUCCUUGCGAUCACUCUCGUUAUCAAGCGACCAGCUCUAGUUACGAACACCUCUGUGAAACUCCGUUUGAGAGAGGUCAUUCUCGACUGAGAAAGCUCAUUUUCGUAAGCGACCAUUUCUAGUCACGACCACCUUUUUUUGAUUUACGAGGUGGUCGCUUACGAGAGCUUCGACUGUACAAAAAUUUCCAGUUUUGUGUUUAAUCCUAUAGUUUUGAGAGCAAAGAUAUGUUUUGGACAAAGAAAAACGUUCUAGUGAUUAUGGAUUAAACACUCGAACCAUGUCUCUUUUAACGCGAAAUGUUAUUUCAAAGACUAUACUUCUGAUUCAAAAAACAAUUGUUACUCUCUGAAAUAGGAAGAAAUGCGCGACCGUUUACUUAUGCAGCAUCUCUAUGAUCAAAAAGAAGGGAAUAGAAUGAAGGUGUUCCUUCAACAAGUAGCAUUCCAAGGCCUUAUUUUUAAGUUACGCUAUGGUUAUCAUCUAAGACAAAAGUAGUUGGGACGACUGAACAACUUAACAGUAGUCCAUUAUAAUCUUCAAAACAUAGCGUUUCCUCUUUUGCCAAAUAUUCCCCGUCUCACCCCCCCGUUAUCCCCUACAAUUCAAUGUUGGGAUCGGUAACAGAACAAAUAAUCCAGAAACAUUCACGUUUUGCUCAACACUGGGCCAGGGGCGGAGGAAGAAGGAGAAAAAGAGUCAAAAAGUAACAGCCUUCACAACUCAUUUGACGAUGGUUGAAGGUUACUUUUAAAUUUUUUUUGGUGACAAAAAGGUAUCCUGGCAAAUUUUGUGCUUUCUUAUUUAUUUAUAUUUAUUUAUUUAUUAACUUAUUUAUUUAUCUCAUGUUAGGUCCUGGUUGCUGUCACUUCUAAGAGUCAAAUGCAGUACUUUGAUGUUGAAGCUAAAGCAUGGAAACCUCUGACAACGUUGCCACCAGCACCUGAAAUGAAUACUAAGUACCCUUACUCAGUAAAGUUUGGCUGUAAAGUGUUUGUUGGUGAUGGGUGCUGGGUUCAAUGCUAUGACAUAGAAAGGAAUGUAUGGGAAUUUAAGCUUUAUUACUCUGGUGCAGGAACGAUCAGUAACCUUUGCAGUAUCAAAGAUAACUUGUAUCCAAUCCCGUCCAGUGUUAGCCACAUUCCUGAAAGAUAUAACUUAGCUGAAUGUCGAUGGCAAAGAUUUGCAAAAGUGAAUAUUAAAGAAGAUUCUUCCAAUUCCUUCUAUAACAGUGGAGCAACAGCAAUGCACUCAAACCUUUAUGUACUUUAUGGGCAUAAAACGAAAGUCCAGUCCUCCUGGCAGAUUCAGAAUGCAGUGCUACAUUGCUUUGAUCCACUGAGGAAUAGGUGGCAACAAAAAGCCUCAACUUGCCUGCCUCACUUUGGAUCCAGUCUUUUUGUAGUAUCAGGCAAAUUGUACGUUGCAGGGGGUUGUGUUUCUGUUUUAGAAAGUGGUACACCAUUUGGUAAACCGGCACCUGUAGAAGUGUAUGACAAAGGAAACAACACAUGGUCCGUUGUUAAACAAAGCCGAAUUCCACCAAACGAACUUGGUGCAGUGGAAAUAAAGGGGAACGUCUAUUUUAUCAUCAACAAAUUCCUUAUUGAUAGUGGUAUUAGAAUCCCACCAGGAGAGCUUUAUCCUGUUAAUUUAGAUGACUGGAAAAAUUUAGGGAAGGUUGACAAAAAGGCAAGCUUGUGCUAUAUACCACUAAAGAGUGACUCUUUGAACGUGGACUAA